AGACCGUUUAGCGUGAUGACGUCAUGCGUUCACACGCUGCUUUUUCAUGGAGAAAACUUAGCGUGUUUAUGAAUUGUGUGUGAGUUGAUGAUGAUGAUGAUGAAGUGGCGUGAGAUGAAUCCCCAGCAGUGGCGGGAGUUUGUCAAUCAGGAGGUUUGUGUAACGGCUCACGAUCAGCAGCGGUUUGAGGGAUUCGUGUUCACCGUUGAUCCCGUUUCUGCCAGUUUGGUGCUGGUGAGCUUCCAGGGGACUGAUGGGGCGUUAGUCAGGGUGAUUUUGGGUCACGCAAUAAGAGAGGUUCAGGUCCUCAGGAGCGGAUCAGAUGAGACGGAUAGACGGAUGAAGAGUCUGUUUAUACCGGACACAGCGCCGGCUCUCAGUCCGGAGGAGCUCCGAUCACGCAGGGAGAGUUUGCGCGUGUGGCUGGAGAAAAACCGAGUCCCGGUCACUGAAGAUGGGCAGGAUCUGUGUGUGGCGAAUGUGCUGACGAUCAGCGCCCCCUACAGGCCUGGAGACUGCAGCUGUGCCAAUGAGAUCAUACUGGCCAGAGUUCAGAGUCUCAUGGAGAAUAAUCCUUACACUAACGGAUGUACUGAACCUUUAUUAUCAUAAACAUCUGCUGGAUUAUUCAUAUCAGACAGAUUCAGGUUUAUAUAAGAGAUUAAGAUGUUUUUUACACUGAUGUAGACACAUGUAUAAAGUUUUUUUUGAUUUCUGAUCUUCUUGUUUACAGUUCAAAUGUUUGUAAUAAAUGUUUAGAGGUGAAUGCAUGAAAACAAAUGUUUGUAUUUUUAAGGCCUGAGGGUCAAAUCCAGAAUAGCAGAAGGUGAGCUGUCAGUCUAAAUGACAGGAUGAUGUUUCUUUUAAUGAUCUGAGGCCCUGGCGUCACGAACAGGCAUUUUCGAAAUCAUAGACUUUUCUGCGCAGUUUAACCUGUUCAUGCAAACUAAAAAAACAACUGCUAGGGUGAAGUUUGUUAGAAACCUCAGUUGCAGUGUCGUGUAGCCGGUGAAACCAGAGUUUUUGGCCGAUGAUGAUGAUGAUGAUGUUUGUGCUGAGGCCAGACUCUGCAAUGGCUGUAUGGUUAGGGAUAUAUGGCCUUCUGUUGGUUUGGCAUUCAUACCAUGUUUUUGUGUGUUUAUGUGGACUAGGCCUGAGAUAAAAGGGAAUUUUUCCACUAGUAUUGGUGCUCAGUGAUGAGAGUUGAAAAAUGUCAUCAAUGUCACUUCUCACACAGCCGUCCAAUCACCGUGGAGGAAGGGUGGGACAAUAUUACAACAGCCAACAGGCGCAUCGUUCAACGACUGAUAAACAAAGCAGAAAUAAAGCGUUCAGCUGAAAAAAAGCUGGCAAGCUGACUGUUUUCAGUCACAUUUAAACGUUUUGGUGUGCACACCCCCUAAGCCCCGGUCAAAUCUCUUCACUGAACUGAAUUGUGUUAUAGCUACAGUAAAUCCUGUAAUGAACUUUAUAUAGACCUUCAACAUUUAUUCAUUUAGCUGACGCUUUUAUCCAAAGCAACUUCCAAUUGCUGUAUAUGUCAGAGGUCGCACGCCUCUGGAGCAACUG